AUGGCCGAGUGGGAUCAGCGCCGGGCUCGGAGCCUGCGGGACUCUGCACUAACUGGGGCUUUCUCGACAGGAGGGAAUGCAAAACUACAAAUACUGCAGCGAGCUUUGGAGCAAACAACCUACUCGUCCUUGUGUCUCCCAGAAGAUGUGGCCUUUCGCAAUGUGGAACAUCUGCCCAGAUAUUACUACAGGGAUGAUGCCCUGAAAAUCUGGUCUGCAAUAAACAAGUUUGUGGACAGCAUCGUUAAUGUCUACUACCAGGAUGAUGGCUCUGUUCAGGAAGAUUCUGAAAUCCAAGAGUGGGCAAUGGAAAUCUUUACUGAAGGAUUCUUGGCCAGACAGUCAUCAGGAUUCCCAACAGUAUUCCGUACAAAAGCAGACCUCACCAAGUAUCUCACCAUGGUAAUAUUCACCUGCUCUGGGAGGCAUGCUGCAGUAAAUACUGGACAGUAUGACUGGGGAUCGUGGAUGCCAAACAAUCCUUCGACCAUGCAGAAACCACCGCCCAGUCAGAAGGAGAAAGUUGGUAAACUGGAUAUCAUGCGGACGUUGCCAGGCAAGAAAGAGACAGCCAUAGUGGUGGCAACAAUUUAUUUGCUCAGCAAAACAUCGCCCAUUUCAACAAAGCUUGGGAUGUACGUUGAGGAGCGAUUUACUGAGGCUGCUCCAAAAGCCUGCAUUGAAAAGUUCCAGCAGGAUUUGCUGCAAAUCACCCACGAGAUCAAGAAGAGGAACCAGGGUCUUGAGCUGAAAUAUGAAUAUCUGCAACCCAACCUCAUCGAAAACAGUGUCGCAAUAUAACAUCUCGAUGCACCAUUUGCCAAUCCCUGCCUCCUGCAGAGCCACAGAUUUGUGCUUCAAAAUUAUCCCACAAUACUCAUGCAUUUGCUGCUUUGCAAUAGAUCCGCGUGAGGAAACAGUUGUCAUAAUCCGCUUUGUAAUCAACGCUUCACAUCUUGUAUUUCUGUUUUCCUGGUCGGCUCCUGGACAGCCUAACCUCUGGAGCAGGUGAUAACUGAACCCAGGCCUCUUGGCUCACAGGAAGAGGUGCUACCACUGCAGCCACUGCAGAUGGUGUUCUGCCUGACCAAUCUGUUCUUUCACUUAGAACAGAGAACCUUACAGCGCAGUACAGGCCCUUCGGCCCUCGAUCAUUCCACAGGUUGUUGCAACAAUCUGAUGCCCAUUAAUCGUACACUGUUUCAUUUUCAUCCAUAUGUUUAUCCAAUGACCAUUUAAAUGUUCUUAAAGUUGCAGAGUACUACUGUUGCAGGC